GACAGUUGACGUUUCAAUUUAUAACCACACCUUCGUUGUUUACACCCAAAACCUGAAUCAUCGUUUUAAUAACUUCUUAAUAACUUUAAUUUUUUUAUUUUAUAAAGAUUUAAUCAAAAAUGAGUUACGGAAUGAAAUCGCCAAGCCACGGAACUCCGAGCGUUUAUUCGCACGUCACCACAAGAAGUAGCGCAAAUUUACGAAGCAGUCGCAGCAUAAAAUCGCUAAAAGUGCCUUGGUAUCAUAAACCGAUCAUAGAAAAAUCGAUUUUCUUAGAUGUGCAGCGUAGCUGUAUGGUUACAGCGGUUUUUUCGCUGCUUUUAUCGAUUUUUACGAUCGUUACUGGGAUAUUCGAUAUUUAUUGUUAUGCGAUGGCAGCCCCUGGAUCAACACAUUAUGGUUAUUACUUGAUUUCGUACGAAUUCGUUUAUGUUGGAAAUAGACAUGUGAGAAAUGCAUUGAAUAUGUUUGCCGUUUUUUCCGUUUUAUUUGGAAUUGCAGUUUUUAUAACCAGCAUUAUGUUAAUUGUUGCUUUAAGACAGGAAUAUGAAAAACGAAUGGUUCCUUGGUUAGUGGCGUUUUUAAGCUUUACAAUUCUCCGAUUUUUGGCCUUUUUAUUCUUUGCGUUUGUAAACGACUUAAUAUUCGCCUACAACAUUUUUAUGGUCAUUCUAUGGAUCACUUUCUUUUUGUUAUCCGUUUAUGGAUGGUUGUUGGUUUAUUCGUUUUACAUCGAAUUGAGCGAUAUUUCGAAAUUGGAGGAUUUGGCUAAUUUGCGGAUGGGAACGAUGCAAUCUCUGAAUGCAUCGACCGUCCCUUCGCUGGCGGGCUCUCGUCCGACGACACCCCACAGCACGGUUUCAACGAUGCCUGUUUAACCGACGACAUUAAUUUAGCAACAAACCGUCCCGGACCGUCAAGAUCGAUCUCGUUUUUUACCGAAACUUCGGAUAAUAACAGCACGAGUACAACGACUGCCACAAGGUAUAGUACGGUUUCGACAAUUCCAAUUUAAGAAUCUCUAAAAAUAACCCUUAUUAUAAAACAAAUUAUAAUAAUCCGUCCAACAAAAAAAAAAGAUCCUUUUAGGUUAUGUUUCUUCAUUUUGACAAUUUUGACGUUUAACAUAACCUAUAAACCCAACGAAACAUUCCCGUCCUAAUUUUUAAUCAUUUUUAAAGUUAAUUAUUAUAAAUAUCCGUCCGAAUCUCUUUAUAAUCGAUUAUUUU